CUGCAAAAUAUUUCCUGUUUUUUUUUUGGCAUUGUCAAAAGUACUUCAUAGUUUUAUAAGUGAAUGAAACUGUUUACUUUUGUCUUUCGCCAGGAUAAGAGAAAGUUUUGAUUGAAAAAGCUGGUGUAGCGUCAGUGGGGUAGUGAAAUACAAAGAUUGUUUUUUUUCAAAGGUUUAUAGAAAAGAUUGGCCAGCGUGGGGAAUUGAGAAGCUGGUAGUUUCGAGUAUUAGCCCUCGUCAGAGCGAAUCAGAGGAUUAUGGCCUGUGAGAUGUUUACAAUUAGAGGUUUGGAGUACUGCCAUACUGUAUUUCCCGUUACAUGCCAAUUUCCAUGUUCAGCUGUUCAUUGUGUGCUAGCUGCCCGGGAAGGGGUGGGGGGGGGGCACUUGGGUAUUUUUUGGAUGGAUAUGUGCCUCCCGGGACUCCAAAUUGGUUCCCCAUUCUAAAAAAUAUUUUCCCUAAAAUUGAUACCUAGUGCUAGAAAUGGGCCAAUUUUUUUUAUACCCCUUUCUAGAAUUCGCCCUAAAACUGAUACCCCGUUCUAGAAAUGGGCCAAUUUUUUAUACUCCGUUCUAGAAUGUUUGUAAAUUGAAAUAGCCCUGUUUUUUUUUCUUUAAGAUAUUUCUUUAUUUGUUAGACUUAUACAUCAAAUAAAUGCUUCUUCAUAAUCAUCCGGAGUACGUUUCCUGUGCGUGUGGAUACAAUGUGGUUAAUUAUGACGCAAAAUCUCUCACCACGCACAGAACCACGCUCGUAAGCUAACGAUUUUCCUUCUCCUCCCCCGUCCCUUUCUUUUGAGUCCGUCUCCAUCUCCCUCGGGUACAUUAUGGACUCGUUCCAGACUUCCCCGCGCCUAUUUAUCCAAGAUGGCAGAGUCAGCGCUCGUGGCUCGCGCCAAAAUACGCCCGUCCUGUACGCUAAAACACUGUGCCACAAGAGUACAACAGUUUGCUUAUUAUACCCCGCUCUAGAAAACGCCUCUGAAAUGGAUACCCCGUUCUAAAUCAGGAGCUUGAAAAUCACGACCCCGUUGGGCGGCACAUACACGUAUAGCUAAUGUAUGGGAGUACCCCCCCCCCCCCCACCGGGUAGCUAACAGUAGAAAAUCUAGCAGAACUCAAUUAGACAUUCAAUUUUGGCCCAUAGUUUUCUCAUCACUUGCCUUUUUUUAAUUCAGAUGCACCACAGUGCCGAGACUAUACAGUUCUUACUGAACCUAAUCGACAGCAGUCCUUUGGCUAUGGUAGUAACUCAGACAACAGACUCGUCCCCGGCUGGUACCGCUUCCAGUCAAGUUCAUAUUCAAGAAUAGUAGACAAUUGUAUCCCCAUUCGCAAAUGCAGCUCUGAUCUGACUGGGUGGCUGAAUGGCGAGCAUCCCACCUUUGAGGAUUGUAUCGUGAGGAGCGAAGUUUGUUUCCACGGAUUAUUAAACUAUUGUUACAGGACAGUUAAGAUACGCGUUAGAGAGUGUCAAGGUUACUAUGUGUAUGAGUUAAACCCGUCACCUACCGAAAGGUUCAGCCGCUAUUGUGCAAGCGGGCGAACGUUAUCGAGCGCUUUAAGCACAAGUCAAGAUUCGAUUAACGGACAGCACGCGUUAGUAAAAAAAACUGUUUCUUGA